AUUCGGCUCUGCACACCCGGACUCCGCUGACAUCCUCCUUCCAGCUCCUGCUUUUACAGCACAGCACUUCUUGAAGGUGGACCCGCAGUUGCAGUUUUGCUUGCUUUCACAAUCGGAGGCGCACUUGCUGGUGCAGUCGCAGCUGCACUCGAAGGCACAAUCAGACGUGGAUUUGGAUUGACUGGCGCAGGAAUGACCAUCAGUUGCAGUUUAACAGGCGUACUCGGCGGCUCAGUGGGGGCCAUAGUUGGAUGCAUGCUGACACACAUGGUGACAGAUUCUACCACGGUCGGAGGUGCCGUCGGAGGUGCAGUCGGAGGUGCAGUCGGAGGCUUGAUGACACUCGCAUUCACAGCUGCUGGUGCUACUGUGGUCUGGGGCUUUAUCGGUCUCAUAAUCGGAGGUACUUUCAGAGGCAUGCUGACUCUCACAGUCACAGUUACAGGUGCUGCUUCGGUCGGAGGCGCAAUCGGAUUCAUAUUCGGAAGUGCAGUCGGAGGCAUACUAACUCUCGCAGUCAUAGUCACAGGUGCUGCUGCGGUCGGAGGCGUAAUCGGACGCAGAUUCGGAGGCGCAGUCGGAGGCACAGUCGGAGGCACAGUCGGAGGGUUAGUCGGAGACGCUUUCAGAGGCAUGCUGACACUCACAGUCACAGUUUCAGGUGCUGCUGCGGUUGGAGGUGCAAUCGGAUUCAUAUUCGGAAGCCCAGUUGGAGGCAUGCUGACACUCACAGCUGCAGGUGCUGCUGCCGUCGGAGGCAUAAUCGCAUACAGAUACGGAGGUGCAGUCGGAGGCGCAGUUGGAGGUGCAGUCGAAUUCUUAUUCGGACCCGUGUUAGGUGGAGUCGCAGUCCUCGCUGCAGCAGCUUUGUUUCUUUACAUUAUCUUUGUGGAUGAGCAGGAGGAGAGGAAACUGAGAGAGAUGGAGGAGAGACGGAUGAAGUGGGCAUUGGAGAAUUGGCUCAGAGUGAUAGAGGAGACACUGAAGAGAGAGAUGGAGAAGAAAUUGAGAGAGGCAAAGUUCUUGAUGAAGAUAGGGAUGAAGAGCAAACUUGGGAAAGAGCUUGAGGAGAAACUGAGUGAGAUCAGGAAGACACUGGAGGUGGAGACGCCGAGUGAGAUAAAGACAACGUGGAAGAAGAUAGAGAAGAAACUGAGGCAGCUGCAGGAGGAACGGAUGAGGAACGUAAAGGAGGAACUGAAGAGCAUGGACCCUGAAGAGCCCUGCGAAAGAAUCGAGCUCCUCAAGGAGUUUGUCAAGGAGUAUGAAAAGGAGAAGCAGGAGAUUGAAAAACUCCUCACAGAACUCAAUGGUAUUGCUGAUGGGCUGGACAAGGUGGACAGGGACUGUACCAUCGCUAAGACUGCAGGGAACUGUGCUGGGGUAGUCGGGGGGGUCCUGACCAUUGUAGGGAUAGCCCUGGUUCCUGUUACUUUUGGAGCCUCUCUUGGACUGUCCAUUGCAGGGACUGCGACUGCUGUAGCUGGUGGAGCCACCAAUAUUGGUACAGAAAUAGUAAAGUUUGUAAGUGAUGGCAACGAUAACAAGAGAGUAAUGGAAAUAGUGAAAAUAAUUCACACUAAACUCCAAGCACUUGGUAAAUUGUGCAACACUGCACUCCCAGAAUGUAAGUGGAAUAAAGAGGAUGCUGCUUUAACAGGGAUUGUUAAAACACGUCUUUCUGCUGCUGCUGCUGCUGCAGGCCUGGUUGAUGCUGCUGUUGUUGCUGCUGCAGGUGCUGCUGUUGAUGCUGCUGUAAGUCUUAAUGCUGUUGCUGGUGUUAUUGCUAGUGUUGCUGAUGGUGUAAACCUGAGUGAUGCACUUGCUGUUGGUGCUCCUGCUGUUGGUGCUUCUGCUGUUGGUGCUGCUGGUGGACGUGUUGCUGCAGGCCUGAUUGAUGAUGCUGCUGCUGCUGGUGCAGGCCUGAUUGAUGAUGUCGCUCCUACGGUGCUCAAAGGUGCAGGCAGAGUAGUCGGAGGUGUUGCUGCUGGAGUCUUUGUAGUUGUGGAUGCCGUGCAGAUUGGUUUAAAUGCCAAGAAACUUCAUGAAGGGCAUCCAACUGAAAGAGCACAAGAGAUUCGAAAGCUGGUGGAAACUGUAGAAUUACAAGCAGCAAAACUGGAGCAGGUCAAUUCAAACAUAAAGAACAUUUUUAACCUGUGAGUCAGCACAAGGCUAUGGAGUAAGGUACACCAGGAAGGAGUUUCCUGUCAGAUCUGCUACUGCUGCUGUAUGAACAGUGCAAAGAGCUCUGACAAUAAAAAUAAAUACAAGUAGUAAAAUAAUACAUCUCUGGGUAUAAUCUGAAUUCAUACUUUAUAUUGGACUCAGAAAAUACAUAAUAGCCCUGAUUUAAAACAAAUAAUUAUCAUGGAAUGUAUCAAACAUAGGGCUCAUGUAAUUGGGGACCCCCUGUCUGUCUAGAAUGAAAUGGCAUUUCCCUCCACUGUCUGUAUACUUACACUAGAGGGCAGUGUUUUGUUCAGAAUCAUCACUAGAGUGUAUCCUCCUCGGGCCCAAGACCACAAUUCUUGAGAGAUAAGAAAGUUUUAUUUUGAAAUAUGUGUAUUGCUUCAUCUUAAACCCCAAAAUAUAUCAAUAAUAUAAAUCUUUUGUCCAUAUCAUGAAACAAUUUUCUGGGGGGUCUUAACUUAGAGCAGCGGUUCUGUCCCCGCGCAGAGUCUUCACUGUCUUCCACUCGAGAGAAAGCCGUUGUCUGAGGGACAGAUUGAUAAUUUAGCUUCUUCACUGGGACUGAAGGAAAAUCAUUAUGUCAUGUAAAUAUCAAUAAUGUCAAUGUAUAUAUUUUAUUAUAUAAUUUCGUAAUUUUCUAUUAAAAAAUAUAUCGUU